GAUGUUAUUCUUUCAAUUUCCAAUGGAUACUAGCAGCAACAACAAAUGAACAACUUUGUUAUCUCCGCCAUUGAAAGUCGAAACAAACCGCUUGACGUUUUGCACAAUCUCACAACCUGAAGAGUACCUGCCUCGUUACUGUCGUCCUCCGACCUUUUUAAAUGCCCGUAGUUGAUAAUUGCACAAACAAACACAGGCAUUGCCCCUAACCUCACUUCGCUUCUCUCUUUGUUUCCACCAACAACACAGAAAUGUCGACCGCAGCUUCCUCCACCACUCUGUUUUCUCCUGCUCCCAGUUCGCAGCCACCGAUCUUUCAUAAGCCAACGACUGCUUUAUCUCUCUCACGGGUCUCUCUUGGCCUUGGGCUUCCUAGAUCUCUGCCCCUAUCAACAACUCAUCUGAAAACUAGAAGAAAUUCAAGUCGUUUCACUACCUGUUGCUCCACAGAUGCUGCAAAAGCUCCCGACAAGGAGACCCCUAUUGAAUUGAGAUAUGAAGCAUUUCCUACUGUCAUGGAUAUCAAUCAGAUUCGUGAAAUUUUGCCUCACCGGUUUCCAUUUCUCUUAGUGGAUAGAGUGAUUGAAUACAAUCCUGGAGUUUCUGCUGUUGCAAUCAAGAAUGUAACAAUAAAUGAUAAUUUCUUUCCUGGGCAUUUUCCUGAGAGGCCAAUCAUGCCUGGUGUUCUCAUGGUUGAGGCAAUGGCACAGGUCGGUGGCUUGGUUAUGUUGCAACCGGAAGUGGGAGGCUCUCGUGACACUUUCUUUUUUGCUGGUAUUGACAAAGUGCGAUUUCGGAAACCAGUGAUUGCUGGCGACACAUUAGUGAUGAGAAUGACACUAGUCAAGCUGCAGAAACGCUUUGGAAUAGCAAAGAUGGAAGGCAAGGCCUAUGUGGGAGGUGAAGUGGUGUGUGAGGGAGAGUUUUUGAUGGCUACUGGUACUGGUAGUGACUGAUCUCGAAUGUUUUUGUUAUUUCAUCACUAAAAUUGGUUGAUCUUUGUGUUUUUGUUCUUUUCCUUUUCUCUUUUUCCUUUUUAAUCCUCUCGGCAGUUUACGCCUUGUGGCAGUUUGAUUAGAUUUACGUGUUUUAGGUGAGUUAAUCAGAAAAGGAUUUCUAUGCUUAGUUUUUGUAAUGAUUUGGAAGACAAGGUAUGAAGUUGUCUAAAUAUGGAAUAUUAUCUCUCCUAAA